AUGAAUCCAUCUAUAAAUUCUGAUGCUAUGCCUUCUUCAUUUAAAAAUACUAUAGUUAAAAAUGACUCAAUAAGUAUUGUUUGGUCAAAUUUAAAUAAUAUUCAUGAUAUCGGUAAAUGGGUAGAAGAAUUUUCUAUAAAAACUAACACUAGGUGGAAUGUACGAACAACAGUUCCUAAUGGAACAUAUAUUCAAUGCAAAAAAAACUAUGUUUGCCACCAUAGUUCUCAUCAUAAAGUAGAUAGAACUUUAAACAAAAGAGGUAAAUCAAUGAAUACUGAUUGUAAAGCAUUUAUUAAAGUUGUAGUGAAAGUAGACACUGUAUCUACUAGAAAAAGUGACCCUUUUGUGAAGAAUAAGUACUUAGGUAUGAUUACUAUUUCAAAUAUUCAUAAUCAUAAUAUUAACACUGCAGAAGCUCUGCGGUUUUUAAAUCCAAAUAUACAUUUAAGAAACACUUUUGAAGAGUAUUUUAAUGAUGGAAUGACAAUAUCAGAUGCAUUACGAUAUCAUGAGAGUAUUUUAAAAAUGUCAAAUAAACCUAUUGAAGAUUUUGCGAACGGUAGAAUUAACCCAACAUAUGUAUGUGUGCAAAAUUGGCAUGAUCAGUGGAGAGUACUAAACCUAGGACCCCGUACUGGUCAAGGAGUAAUUAUGAAACUAGAAGAAAAAAAAGAAACUUAUGCUACAAAUGGAAUUUCAUUAUACUUUCAAGAGCAACCAUUUGUUAUUCUUAUUUUAACUCCGAUUAUGAAACGAGCCCAUGAUUUGCCAUUAUCCAAAGAUAUUGUAUUUGUUGAUUCAACUAGUUCUUGUGAUCCUGAAAACCAUUGCAUUACAUUUUUACUAACUCCGUGUGCUGCUGGUGCAGCUCCUUUAGGUGUAAUUAUAUCCAAAGGCCAAAGUGAAGCAUCUUAUUCAAAAGGAUUUAGUUUAAUAAAGCAAAAUGUAAAAAACGCGUUUGGUUAUCAAGGUUACCCAUCAUUAUUUUUGACAGAUAACUCAGAUGCCGAAAUCAAUGCACUGAAAACUGUGUGGCCUCAGUCGAGAUCGCUACUUUGCAUUUUUCAUGUACUAAAAUCAGUUUGGAGAUGGCUCUGGGACAGUAAAAAUAAUAGGUAUUUAAAAAGAAGAUCGCACUCCUAUGAUGAAUGCUUUUAGGAAAAUGAUAUAUGCGCAAACUUCUGAAGAGGCACAAAAAAAAUACAUCGAAACUAUGAAUAUUAGAAGUAACUAUCCUGUGUGGCAAAAAUAUAUCACUGUUCAUCAUUGGAAAUACAAAGAAAACUGUUGUUUAGCUUGUAGGGAUCAUACUAAUAGAGACCAUCAAACCAACAACUUCAGUGAAGUAUCAGUAAGAAUUGUCAAGGAAAAUAUAUUAUGUCGCGUGAAAGCUUACAAUGUUAUUUCACUGAUUGACUUUAGUUGUACAAAAUUGGAAGAAUACUAUAAAAAAAAAUUUUUAGAAUUUUCCAAUGAUAGAAAUUCUACUGCUCGAUUGUUUUUUCAAAAAUUAAUUAAAAAAAUUGAUUAUGUCACCAAAGAAGAUAUAUAUAUUGACAAUGAAGAAUUUUAUGUCCCAAGUGAAAAAAAUAAAAAAAUAAUGUAUUGUGUUGAACCAAAUAUAGGUGUUUGUUCAUGUGAAGCAGGUAUUCAUGGACAAUUUUGUAAACAUCAAUGCAUUAUUUAUAAAUAUUUUAAAACAACUGGAAUUAAUUUUCCUCCUAUAACAGUUGAAGAUAAAUAUUUAAUAUCAAAACUUGCAUUAGGUGAUAGAGCACCCCCACAAAUGUUUUAUGAAAGUUUAAUACCAACAGAAACUCUACAUCAACAACAUGAAACAAAUAAACAGGUUCAAAGUAAUGUGACUAAUAGUGUAAUAGAAAGUAAUAAAGAAGUUGGUAAUGAAAAUAAUAUGAAAAUAGAUGAAACAAUAGUAGAUAAAUUUAAAGGGAUAUGGAUAAAAAAAGUCAUUGUUAGUUUUAAAAGAUAUACAAAGUAUAAUGAUAAAUAACAUUACAAAGUUUGGUGGUUCGUCCUAUGAUAAUUUGUUAAAAUUUAAAAGCAGAUUAGAAAAAAUUAAUUCUGAAGGACAAUUUAAUACUUUUCUUGCAACUGCAGGGUCUAAAUCUACGUUGCUAAGACAAAGGGAUGGUACAGCAAUAAGAGUGCAACCAACAACAAUUUCAAGGAGGAAACCUGGAAUAACCAGAGGAAGUAAACGUCUACCUACAGGUCGAUGCUUCAACAGAACAAUGAAACCAAAAAAAGAAACCUAGAAAUGUAUUUAAAAAUAUAACUGAUUGUAGUAUUGUACACCAAAUGCAAAAUCUCAUUAAACUAUUAU